AUGACAGAUCAGGACGACUUGGACGACGAGAUGGAUGCUCAUCGUUGCGAGUUCUUGAUGUCAACAGCUGCAGGUACAACUACUAGACAAGUCGCAAAUCAAGGCCAGAUCCAACUAGCUGAUGGUUCAAGUAAUGAGCCAGCCGAAAAGAACGACCCCCUCGCUGUGGCUAAUUGCCGUUGGCGCUGUCGAAUACGGUGUACCUGA